AUGGAUUAUGCCGAAGGAGGUACAUUAUGGGACGUGCUUGAGUCGAGCCCUGAAGGUAGAGUUCCUGAGGCAGACUUACUUUGGUGGGCUCCUCAGGCAGUCUGCGCCAUCAACUGGUGUCAUUCCCAGGGUUUUGUACAUCGUGAUAUCAAACCACAGAACUUCGUUCUCACAGCAAGCAAUCACAUGCUUCUAAUAGAUUUCGGGUCUGCUGCGCCACUUUCACCUCCAGAGCCUGACGGGAGUCAGUCAGUCCCGAAACAAUAUACCCUUGUUCCUUGUGGUACUUGUGAUUACAUUUCUCCUGAAGUUCUGCAAGCACAUGAAGAUGCCCUCCUUGCGCUGGAGUUGUCGGACGACAAUGUUUCUCCUUCAUUCUCCGAAGAAGUUGGUUCGUAUGGCUCAGAAGUCGAUUGGUGGAGCCUCGGUGCAAUGUUGUAUGAAUUGGCUUAUGGAGUGGCCCCUUUCUUCGCUAAAGACAUCCGAACUACUUAUCUGAGGAUUUUGGACUAUCAGACAAGCUUGCGCUUCAAUGCGGCGAUUCCCGUUUCUAAACAACUACAGGAGUUACUUCACAGAUUUCUCACUGAUCGGCACCAUCGUCUCGGGAGAUGUAGCGUGCUGGAAAUAACAGAGCACCAGUUUUUCGGAAACACCGACUGGUCUUGUGUAGAUUCGCGCCUUGCACCGUCUGACAUCCACGUGCCGCAAUUCACAUAUUCUGCAUCAGCAGUACCUGAACCCCCUGAACCCACGGAUGAAGGCAAUUCACAGCCGUUUGCGUUUUCUGCUUUAUUUCAUUCUUCCCCAAACACUUCGCUUGGAAUAUCGAUUUUGCAUGACACGUCUCAUCACAUAUCUCCACGAGCCGAGUCGGCCUUCAUCGGAUUUUCGUGGGGUCCUACUGAGGACGUAUACCUUCUACCAACCAAUUCAUCUCUAAAAUACGAGACAGGCAGAUUGGCUACUCCUCAGCCUUUACAGGCCACUUCCGGGAACCAUAGCCCUCGUCCAUUGCUCAAAGCUUCCAGCACUGCCACGCAUUUCUCCGCUUUUGCAACACCUAUUCGUCCCCAUAGUUUAUCAGCAUUCCACACCCUUCCCCGCACAGGCACUAUUCGGCGUACAGCUCAGCGGCGCGCUGUUUCAGAUCGUGAAGCCAUGAAGCAACUUGUGGAAUGCAUCGGAAUGAGUGCCAGGAAGAAAGUCCUCGCUAGUGGCCGCAAGCCGCGCUUGAUACAGUCCUCUAGCCGAAAUUUUUCAAACACCGUUCGGAAAGAGCUGCGCUUUUGUCUCCGGCCCAUUGUUACUGACAAAACUUAUGACUCUGAUGAUUUCCCAGCCGUGGUGGCUGCUUCGGCAUCUGAGGGAGCAGAGGAAACCGAGUCGGAUGGACCACCAAGUCCCAGCCCAAGUCCACGCCCUGGUUCUGCAAUGUCUGUACUCAGCCGAAGAAGCGUGACGCCCACAAUAUCUGGAUCCUAUUCUACUCGUUUCUUAAACCUCCCCUCUACUACAUUUACGGAAAGCAGUAAUCUGCAAAACGACGAUAACAUCUUUGAAUCGCUGGAACAUAGGCACACCGCUAUGAUGUCUGAUUUGACAGCGAUUGAAGAGCGCUUGAGCCGCAUCUCCAUGUUAUUAUCGGUGGAGGCACCUAAGUCCUCCGGUCAUAUCGGUUAA